AUGAUGAGAAGAGGUGGUGGCAACAGUGUGUUGUUUUAGAAAGCUUCUCAGGGUAAAGCACCACAAAGCCAGUGACAAACAUGAGGUCACUGAGCCAACUCCUCUAUUUCCUCUGCUGGGGGCUAAAAGACAACAUGGAAAAAUAUUCAGAAGCUCUGACUUGGAAACGCUUCUUGCUUCUUGGGAAGAUGCAGCUGCUCCUGCUCCUGUUGGUCUUCCUUCUGCUCCCCAGAGCAGAGGCAGGAGAGAUCAUUGGGGGACAUGAAGCCAAACCCCACUCCCGCACCUACAUGGCUUACCUUAAGAUCAGGCUUGAGAAAUCUAGAAAAAUUUGUGAUGGCUUUCUGAUUCAAGAGGACUUUGUGGUGACAGCUGCUCACUGUUUACAGGGGUGAGAAAGGAAAAAGAGUCCACAAUCUACAAGAAACACUUCUCAGAGUACUGGCAAAGAAAUAGACCUGAGAUUCAAUAGAAUAGAUUUGAAGAUGCAAACACAACUACCAAAACACUCAGCCAUUUGAUGUUUGACCAAGGUGCUAAUCAUGCUCACUGAAAGGAAAGCCUCUUUAAUGAAUGUCGUUGAAAUAAUUGGCUCUCCACAUGCCAAAGACUGAAACUAGACACAUGCCUGUCACCAUGGACAAAACUAAAAUCAAACUGGAUAAACUAUCUAAAUAUUAAAAUGUAAAUAAGAAAUCUACUGGAAGACAAGGUAGGUAGAAGUUUUGCAGACAUAGGGCUAAGCAGAUAAUUCAUGAACAAAAUAAAAUCUUUAUAGGAAACACUUCAAAAUUCAACAACUGGGAUCUCAUAUUAUUGAAAAUUUUCUGCACUUCAGAAGAAAUCACCAACAGGGUGAAAAGGAAAUCCAGAGAAUUGGGAAGAAUUUUAGCCAGCAACUCCUCAGACAAAGGACUUAUAUCCAGAACAUAUAAAGAAUUAUAUUAAGGCCCUAAAAUCAAACCCCCUCUAAAAAUGGGCUUCUGAGAUGAACACACAGUUCUGAGAUGAAGAUACAGAAAUGGCACAUAAAUACAUGCAGAAAUGUUCACUAUCACUGGUCAUUCAAGACAUACACAUUAAAACAGCACUGAGAUUUCAUCUCACUCCAGAAGGAAUAGCUGCCAUCCACAAAGCAACUGAUAACAAAUGUUGGCUAAGAUGUAGGGAAAACUGAACAUUGCUCUCCUGUUUGUGGGUGUGUACACUGGUGUAGUCACUAUGGAAAUCAGUAUGGAGAUUUCUCAGAAGACUGGAAUUGGAAGUUCCAUUCAAUCCAGCUACUCCCCGCCUGGGUAUUUUCCCAGAAAAAAUGAAAAGUUCAUAGCACAGUGAUUUAUGUGCCCCAUUUUUCAUAGCAGCACAAUGAUCUCGAGACAUUCAUAGGUAAAUGGAGACAACUUGACUCUAUCCUUAUAAGUGAAAUAAAUAAAAAUCAUAUUUAUAAAAAUCACAUUGUGUCUCUAGUGUGAAAUGUAUUAAAAAAUGUAGGAGUAAUAAAACCCCAAAUGUGUAAUUGCUACUGUAAAGCAGACAGGAAAAGAAAAUGCUCUAAAGGAUAUAACUGCAGGUAUGUUUAAGUGUGUAGGAUUGAUAACCAUAUUACUAAGUUUUUCUUGGAUC